AACUAGACAGACAGUAGAGUGCAUCUUCCUCUCUCUUUUCUUCACUGUCAAGACGGCUACACAAGCAUCUCCUCCUCUCUCUCACUGUUAGAAAACUAGAGCAACUUUUCCCGGGAUAAUCGAAGGAAAAUCUGAUCGUUUCAAUUAGGGUUUGUUUGAAGGAAAUGUCACAGACAGGGAAAUUGAUGCCGCAUCUGGAUCAGCAGAGCACCAAGAUGCUCAAUCUCACUGUGCUCCAGCGAAUGGAUGCUUUUAUCGAAGAGAUUCUAAUCACAGCAGCGCAUGUCACUUUCUACGCUUUCAAUAUCGAAACCAAUCAGUGGAGCCGCAAGGAUGUUGAAGGAUCUCUCUUUGUAGUCAAGAGGAAUACACAACCGCGGUUUCAGUUUAUUGUAAUGAACCGGCGAAACACAGAAAACUUGGUGGAGAAUUUGCUAGGGGAUUUCGAGUAUGAAGUUCAAGCACCUUAUUUGUUGUAUCGGAAUGCAUCUCAAGAAGUUAAUGGUAUUUGGUUUUACAAUCCUCGAGAAUGUGAGGAUGUUGCCAACCUCUUUACUAGGAUACUUAAUGCUUACUCUAAGGUUCCUGCAAUGCCAAAAGUAGCUUCAGGCAAAAGUGAAUUUGAGGAUCUUGAAGCAGUCCCAAAUAUGUCAGUGUUUGAAGGUGCCUUGGAACCUUCAUCAACUGCCUCUGCUGCCAAUGAUAGUGCUGAAGAUUCUUCAUUUGAGAACUUUUUUAGUACUGCCAUGAAUAUUGGAAGUACUGCUUCUACUGUAACAAAUUCAAGACAGCAAUAUCAGCCUUCUCCCACCAUUCUGUUAUCCUCCCAUACACCUAAUGUGGUUAUGCCUUCUGCACCAGUUCCACAAAUACCAUCUCUUCCUCUUUCAUCUUUAAACACCUCAAAAAGCGUCCAUGGCACUCCCAAUCCAAUCAGCAGUGGCGGUCAUGUCACUAAUCUUGUGAAGCCCUCAUCAUUCUUCACGCCCCCUUCUUCCUCAUCUGCAUUGAUGGCGCCCCCUCUCUCCUCGCCACUGCCUAGUGCUCCUCCUUCACUUCAACCUCCCCUAAAUCUGCAACGACCAUACGGCACCCCAAUGCUUCAACCCUUCCCACCUCCUGCACCACCACCAUCUCUUACUCCUAGCUCUACUGCUACUCCACCUCUUAUUAGCAGAGACGAAGUCCGUGAUGCACUUCUAAUGCUUGCUCAGGAUGAUCAAUUCAUCGACAUGUUCCAUCAAGCACUGCUGAAGGUGCACCACCAUCCAUGAGGUGUUGAAGGGACAUGAUGACUUUCCCUUUUGACAGAUGUCUCAGGUACAGAAUGGUUGUAGCAUGAGUUCUCUGUACAGCUGAAAUAAUGCGGGGUAUAGCUCUUGGUCAGAUGGAUGUCGCUAUUGGUUGGUUCAAUGUAGUGCUGUAACAGUAGGCAUAGAGAAGCAGCCUCAGAGGUUGAGCAUGUGAUUUAGGACACUGCUGUUUAUGUAUUAUUGUUUAGUAAUAACCCAAGGACUAAAUGUGAGAAAUUAAGUUUCUUACUUCCACACUAGUUAGGUUUGAUUAAAA